CAUGUCUGACCACGAUAUUGCGGGUAAGUGAAGAUCGAUCUUUCCUUUCACCUUCAGGCGUUCUUCAUGAGGCUUUCUCUUUGGUCCGCUCUUGCACCUGCCUGGUCUUCACUACCAGGCCUACAAAGCGACUUCCGCAUUCUCUGCAAGAGCACCCAAACCUACCGAUAGUCCAUGUAUGAGACGCAGCCUUGUCUGUAUCAUGCGGUGGUCUGUUGCAUUUCCUCACAACCAACAUGCCGUUCAGUGCGAGAAUCAAUCACGGGCGUAUAUAUUGCCUGGGCAACGAUGACUUGUCCUUGCCCAAGGCCACCGUCCAAAAGAUCGUCACCGAGAUUCUGCCGCCCUCAGCUGGCGUUGCCUUUGCCAAGGAGGCUCGUGACCUUCUUAUUGAGUGCUGCGUUGAGUUCAUCACCCUCAUCUCCUCGGAAGCCAACGAGAUCUCAGAGAAGGAGGCAAAGAAGACCAUCGCGUGCGACCACAUCACCAAAGCCCUCGAGCAACUGGGCUUCGCAGACUACGUUCCGGCCGUGCUAGAGGCCGCUGCAGAGCACAAAGAAGUGCAAAAGGGCCGUGAAAAGAAGGCAAACAAGUUCCAAAACAGCCAAAUUCCCCUCGAAGAGCUGGAGAGAAUGCAGAGAGAGGCAUUUGAAGAUGCCGCCAACCGCCACGCUUAA